AUGGCUGAGAGGAAUGAGGAAGAGAAAGCUUCAGGCCCCUCAGAGAACCUGACGUGCCCACUAUGUUUUGGUAUCCUUGACGAGGCAACCAUCCUGACUUCAUGCGAACACACCUUCUGUCGGAAAUGUCUCAAGAACUACGACCUUUCCCACCAGGAUCUCGAUCACAUGAUCUGUCCUCUCUGCAGGAAGAUCACCAAGUUGUCUGCGAACCGUGUCGAUGAUUUCCUGACCAAUGUGACGGUCAACGGACUCGUAGACGAUUACCACGCCAAGUGUGGAGGAAUGAAAGCUGUCCUUGAGAUGAGGCCGAAAUGCACUGCUUGCAUGUGUCAGCAAGAUGCCGUCUCAUUCUGCUGUACAUGUAAUAACUACAUGUGUGAUAAGUGUCUGGAUUGUCAUCAACAUCUUAAAGUUGUCUUUAAAGGUCACAAAAUUGUAUCCAUACAGGAUAUUAUCAACGGGAAAGUCAGAAUUGGUCAUCUAUCUGAGAAGUGCUGCAUCCACAAACAAGAGAACAAAGAUAUGUUUUGUGAGGAUUGUAAGGUCUAUGUCUGUCUCAAGUGCGUGAUCGUUGGUCAUCAAAUUCACCACAUCAAGAAUCAGGCUGACUUCAAGCAGGAGUUACAGCUUAAGGUGAACGACCUUGUCCAGCGAUGUGCCGUUAAGAAGACAGAACUGGAGAAGAACAUUCAUAACGUUGAAGAACACCGCCAUAAAGUAUACACUGCCGUGCAGAAACUACUUGAUAACGUCAGUCAGGCCUACAGCAUCAAGGCCAAGGAGCUUAUAGAAAAUCAUCGAAAUCUCGUCGAGCAAAUCAAUGCAGUGAAGCGGAAUUCAGACGACAACCUGAACGUCUUGAAAUCAAAAGAUCGACAGAGGAUAAAGAGUAUUUGUAGCUCAAUAACACUGAUAGCUAAUGACGGACUGGAUCGUCUUGAAUUAUACAGUCUGUCUGCUCAUACCUUGCUCUGUGAGGACCUUGAUGCCAUGCUGAAGGAGGCUACUGAUCACACGUCUGCGGCAGCCAUUACGAAGAAAACACAGGAGAAAAGGUUUGAGCCUGCAGGGGUUACUCGUCUUGACCUCGGGAGCAUCUUAGAACCAGCUACUGAUCACACUUCUGCGGCAGCCACUACGAGGAAAGCACAGGAGAAGAAGUUAAAGCCUACAUGUAAUACUCGUCUUGACCCAGAGAGCAUCUAUGUACAAGUCAUUAUGCGUGUAGGUCUUCGGGGAGAGAUGGAGGGUAUGACCCCGUACUCCGAGGACAGCGUAGCUCUCACGCAUACUUCAUGUGGUAUAGAUAUCAUUAAUUCACAUGGUAAAAGGAAGCAGUAUGCAAACAUACCAACUAUUAACAUGAUGUGUUUUGAUCUUGUCUUUCAACAAGACAGGUCGUUGUGCGUAUCGACGGGUAGCAAAGAAGCACACAUAUAUUCUCACGAUGGAGCCAGGAAAUCAACCAUCCGCAUGCAAGGCAAUCGCACAGAUCUAGAACUCAGACUAAACAGAGUUAGUCCAUCUGAUGAUAUCCUCAUCGCUAACGAUGGAAACCAAGUCUUCAUUUAUGACCCGACUGGAUCCACUCUCAAACACACUGUUCCAACAAAACACAGGGCAUCGCAGGCAUCUUCUACCAGGUCGGGUUUGAUCAUAACGAGUACAUGUAUUCCAGACAAUGGAAGCGUGGUGACGGUCUAUGACAGGAAAGGGAAUGCUGGUAAGUCUCUGCACGCUCCUGAUACGGUCAGCCUUUAUGUUGCCGUGGAUGAGCAGGACAGGGUUUAUGUAGCGUUCGUUGAUGCUAAAACUGGUAACUUGAUUUGUUAA